GUCUACUUUGACAUCUACUGGUUCCACUUCUCAUCACGAUGACUCACCUAUUAGCGGUUCUGCUCUGGUGCGCUGCAGCGCUUCCUGGCCACCUAGCGGUGGCAUCUUUGCCGGCAGUCACUUGUGACAAGGAAAGCGUGGCGGCGGCUGCGACCCUCGGUGUCCAGCACAUCAAUGGAAAGCACAAGCAUGGAUUCAGAUUCAAGCUGCAGGAGAUCCAGAGCAGCAAAUAUCAACAGGUUUCAGGAGGUUGCCACAUAGAUGUGAACGUGAAGCUGGUGCAGACCAAAUGUCAUGUCACCAACCCCAAACCUGAUGACCAAUGUGAGCUGUGGCGACGGGAUGAACGGGGUGCAGUGGCCACCUGCAGCAUUGAGUUUUGGGUGAUGUGGGCCGUGGCCAAAGUCAUCAGACACGAAUGCACUACCAGACCCGAACUCACCAAUGAGGAGCUGGAGACUGUUUGUCCCGAUUGUCCCAAGUUGUUACCUCUGGAUGACCCGACAGCAUUGAAGGCUAUUCAUGAUGCUGUGGUCAAGUACAACCGGGAGACCCAGCACCAUAAUUACUUCACCCUGAUGGAAGUGGCUCAUGUGACAAUGGGGUCUGUUCCAACCAUUGGCAAGAUUACCUCGCUCAAGUUUGCCCUGGUUGAGACCACGUGUCCCAGAGGUGCCAGGAAUACUUUUGUGGCCUGCACCCCUCUCUGUCCAGACAGAGCUCAUCACGCCUUUUGUCAAACCACCUAUUAUAACUUGCACAGACAAGUGGGAGAACUUCAGUGUGAAUUGUAUCUUCCAAAAAAUCCAGGCCCUCACCCGACUGAUGUUCCAGAACUUGUAUGCGGGCCUUUGUUCCACGAAAGUCCGGAAGCUUGUGUUUGCAAGGAGCGGCUGAACUACCCUGACAAUGCAAUCCACCACAUUUGUCCAUUCCCACUUAAAUGAUAUUGCUUGGCAACUCUUAAUAAAAAGAGCACCUUGUCA